CCGUAGUCUGACUGAGCGAGCGCGAGCUCCAGAGCUUCGUCAUGAGCAGCCCGUGUGUUUGGGGACAAAAGCGACCGCUCGACUGCUGGAUAUAAGGGCAGAGUCCGAGCCCGUGAUUAGCUAAUAGUGGAUUAACACUGCCUGUGUCUGUUUUCUGGUCUCUAAUUAACACUGUCAGCGCGGUUUUGUUAAAGAGCAGGUGCUAGCCUAGCUCGCUAGCUGUGUUUGUGUGUGCGGGUUUAAAGGUCCGGUUCGGGUUUGGGACGAAGCUGUCGCUAAACUGGCGAGGUGACCAAUGAUGAAUCGUUUCCGAAAGUGGCUUUAUAAGCCAAAGAGAUCAGAUCCACAGCUGCUGGCCCAGUUCUACUAUGCAGAUGAAGAGCUGAACCAAGUGGCCACUGAGCUGGACAGUCUGGACGGCAGGAAGGACCCUCAGAGGUGUACACUGCUGGUCAACCAGUUCCGCUCCUGCCAGGACAGUGUUUUAAACAUCAUCAAUCAGAUCAUGGAUGAAUGCAUACCUGAAGACCGAGCCAACAGAGACUUCUGUGUAAAGUUCCCAGAAGAGAUCCGCCACGACAACCUCGCCGGGCAGCUGUGGUUUGGGGCUGAGUGCCUUGCAGCAGGAUCGAUCAUCAUGAAUCGUGAAAUCGAGAGCAUGGCCAUGAGACCGCUAGCUAAAGACCUCACCCGUAGCCUGGAGGAAGUACGCAACAUCACACGAGACCAAGCGCUACGAGAUCUCAACAACUACACAGACCGCCUGAAGGAGGUGCUACGUCAGUUUGACAGCCUCUUCGCUGAGUUUGAGCUCAGUUACGUGUCAGCCAUGGUGCCUGUGAAGUCUCCUAAAGAGUAUUACAUCCAGCAGGAGGUGAUGGUGCUCUUCUGUGAGACAGUUGAGAGGGCCCUAAAACUUGAGUAUCUUACACAAGACAUGAUCGAUGACUAUGAACCAGCUCUCAUGUUUACAAUCCCUAGACUUGCCAUUGUUUGUGGCCUUGUUAUCUACUCUGAAGGGCCUCUUAACCUCGACCGCAAACCAGAGGACAUGUCUGAACUCUUCCGGCCUUUCCGUACUUUGCUGAGAAAAAUAAGGGACCUGCUGCAGACUUUAACUGAAGAAGAGCUCAUGACUCUUGAGCGAAGCCUCUGCAUCUCCCAGGAUGGAGAAUUCCCUGCAGGCUCCAGUACGCCGUCGACCAAUGACCCGGCCUCUUCCACUGGUCCUGAGAGCCAUCUGGAGACACUGGAACAGGAUGAUGGAGAUGAGGAGGUGGUGGAUCUCACACUUUGUGUAGCCCAGGAAGAUGAUUCUGCAUGGAAGGAGGAUGAGGAGAGGAAGGGGCAACCCGAGUCCUCCAGUGAGUGCGAAGAGGAGGACGCCACAGAUGCAGACUUGGCUUGCUCCAUGCAGUAUGAUGAAGAAGAGAUCGAGCAACUUAAUAUGAUGGUGCAUCAAGUAGGGGAUGAAAUGUCUACGCUGCUUUCCCCUCCAAGUCAGAAUCAGUCUCCAGCCCAUCGGCCUCGGCCCUAUAGAGGCAAUAGUCUUGAAGACUCCAGUGCCGCAUCCAGCACUCAGGCAUCUCCGCAGAGAGUCCCGGGAUUAUACCAUGAUGAGGAUAGAGUUUUCUUUAUGGAUGACUUUGAGUCUGGUGUAACUAGCGAGCUGUGCCAUGGGCAACUUCCUCUUCCUACCGUAUGCCUCCGAUCCCCAGAGCACAGUGGACCGGCCCUGUUGACUGACUCCUCAUGUAACGGUUGGUUGACAGUCUGUCAGUCAAGCAAUGCCAACGAUAUGGUUUCCCAAUGCCAAUCAGCCAAGUCCAUGGGGGACUCCGAAAGGACACCUGUGGUGAAUGGCUGGGAAGGGUCACAGGAGGAGGACAGCGUACAGACUGCUGAAGAAAUCGCCAAUCGGACCGGUGGAAUGAAGUUGUCUGCCACUGUUAUUUUCAACCCUCAUUCCCCAAGCUCGACCGACUUGGCCGUCGUCGUACCUCAUUCAACCAGCUUUCAGGAAUCCGAUGAGGACGGGGCUUUAAUUGCCACUCAGUGCCUACUUAACUCCUGCGUGUGCUGCACUGGCGGAUGCGUGGAAAACUACGAGGAUGCCAUGGAGCCUGCUGGACGGGGCAUGACGCUGGGGUUUGAGAAGCACAAGCUCACCAUCACGAGCUCUGUCAUUCAAUCAGCAGUAGCUGCUGGCAGCCCAGGGAAGGGAAAUGGACCUUUAUCCCUCACUCUGCCCCCGUCUCAGGGCCACCUCGCCCCUUCUGUGCCCAAUGGUUCGGUGCAGAACCAAGUGAGAGAAGAUGAAGGCAGUCAGGGCUUUUCCCACUAUCCCUGCUGUGAGAAAUGCGCCCCAGGGGUUCUUCUGACUCAGGAUAGAGGCUCGGGACAAGGGGAGGGAGGACCUAGCUGCACCCAUCAGGACACGGGAUGCCCGACGCAACCUAAAACUACAGUUAAAGAUAAAUCGGAAGGUUUUGGAAAACAGCCAAAGGAUGAUAACCGAAAGAACUCUAGCGGUUCUCAGGAGUCCCCCCUCAGUUCUGUCCCCAGCAGUGACAUUGACGGUGUUUCUAUCACUACAUGCAGUUUGUCGAGCUCGUACACUCCCAGUCCCGUCAGUAGCCUGACACCCAGCUCGGACAUGUCUGAGGAUCUGGAUCAUCAGGAGAUUCAAGUGGCUUUGCAAGCUGCCAAACUCGCUGCUCACAACAAAAUUCGCUCCCGUUUCCACAGCAGUGGUGACCUCAUCCAUCGCCUGUUUGUCUGUAUAUCAGGAGUGGCUGAUCAGUUGCAAACGAACUAUGCGAGUGACCUGCGGAGCAUCUUAAAGACUCUGUUUGAGGUCAUGGCUACAAAAUCUGACCAAGAGGACACGGAGAAGCCCAAGAAAGGUCCGUGUCUGGGCAGCGCUGUACUGGAGGACUGUGCUCUCUGUCAGGAGACCAUCUCUUCAUCAGAGCUCGCUGCCAAAGCACGAGAGGGGCAGUUUGAAGACCCUCCUGAAUGGGUACCAGAUGAGGCCUGCAAUUCCUGCAUUGCAUGUGAAGCUCCAUUUACAGUCAUCAGAAGGAAACACCACUGCAGGAGCUGUGGAAAGAUCUUCUGUUCCCGCUGCUCAUCACACUCAGCCCCAUUGCCUAGAUACGGUCAGAUGAAACCUGUGAGAGUCUGCACUCACUGCUACAUGUUCCACGUAACGCCUUUCUACAGCGACAGGACGGGUAUCUGACCACACACACACACAGAGACAUAAGCACACUACCAUGAGUCUUACCGAGACUUCUUUUCAAUUUCAUCAUCGUCCAAAAAAAUUUACAUAUAAACACUAAAUGCAAUCACUUCAAAGAGAAAGAAACCGCCUUGACCACAGAACAAAGUGAGAAGGACGGAUAUUGCCUCAAGCACAUAAAGGAAGUACCCCAUCGCUAUGGGAGCCAAAGUAUUUAUUUAGGGCUUUGCUUUGAAAUAAUGAGCUAAAUUACAAAUUUGCUUUAAUCAAGCAUGGAACAAGCGAGCGAUUCUGUGAAACAGAAGUGCACCUGAAAAGAUACAGCUUGUUAAUAGGAUUUAGUCUGGCAGUAAUUGUGGUUUUAUUAGCACCGGAGGUUCAAUGGGCUCAGUUUUCUAGAGUGAAUGUAAACUGUGAGCACAUUAUUAAUAUGAGAAUAACAAAACUGUGACACAUGAAGACAAUAAUACUAACACUAACUGCACCAUCAGUGACACCUUUGUGGCACAAUAUAGCACAGAUGUUUCUUUUUUUCCAAAUGUUUUUAUUUAGACAAUAAUGCUGCUUUCUGUAAAACAGAGGAGUGAUAUUUGGGGAUUAGAUGAAUGGCCAAAAAUCCAUGAGUGUGUGUGUGUGUGUGUGUGUGUAUGUAUAUAUGAGUUUGAAAUGGGUUUAAUGUAUCUUCCAAAAAGAGAAGAUUCUCUCAUAUUCCUCAUGCAAAUGAAUGUGCAACAUUCGGAUGUUCUUUGUUUUCUGUAACUAAUACUGAACUGUACAGUAAUUGCCUUUUACAGCAGUUUUGGAGCCUUCUGCUUUUCCUUCUGGUACGAAAGCCCCUACCUCAUCCCUGUUCACCCCUCACACGGUUCUGUCCCGUUACAGUAUGUCUACCGUCUCAGUCAACCCUGACUGUCUGCUACACUACGAGGCAGAUGCCUUCCUUUUUCUUUGCACACUUUGUUUUUUUAUAUAUAUACAUAGUGACCAACCACUACUUUCUGUCUGUAACUGUAUGUAUAAUGGCAAAUCUCAUGAAACCUGUCAAGAAUAUGCCAUCUGGGUCAUAUUCUAAGAAAAUUAUGUUAAUGUUUCAUAAAGAAAAUUAAGCCAAUUUUUGCAUUAAUAUUAGGAAAAUUGACAAUCCUCUCCCAAAUCUCAUUUUUGUAAUGUGAAAAAAUAAAUAUUUCUAUUUUAUUUUAAAUUGUGACGUAUUUGUACAUCACAGUAUAAUUGUAUUGAAUUUAAUUGAUGCUAUUUGAAUUAAAAAACAUAUAUCAGCCUGAAAUAGGCUUCAUUUUCUUUAUGCAUAGUACAUUUCUUUUUAUUUUCUAUUGAAUUUGGGGUGAAAUAGGACCUGGAAAGGUGACUUCUGUUUGACUUUUACCAAUGAAAGAAUGAAAGAUGUUGUUCUAUUGGUUUCAGAUCUCAAAAUAAGAAAAGCUUUAGUUUUGUACACUGUUUUUUUUGGUUAACUGUAAAACAUCUGCUUCUGUAACCUCGUCAGCUUCCAGAAAUCAAGCAGGCAAGUUUUAUAUUUAGUCGUAUAAAUGCACUAGGUUUUUCUGAAAUUGAGCAUAUUGAUAUUGUGCUGCAAAACAGUUUUGACCAAAAUGCUUCACAUGAAAUGGAAGGAAAUGACAAACACUACUGACUAGUAUGAAAUGCACUUUGUAUGAAACUCGAGGAGCAUUUGAAAUGAGUUACUGCUGGCAAGCGAUGACACCUUUCAAGAUUUAUCAUGUGUAAUGUUCUCAAAUCAUUUCACAGUAACAUUAAACCUUGCAUCUGAUUUCAGAUGUUAUCUACAGA